GUACCUCUUCAAAUGGUUCAAGAACAUUUUGAAACAUUGGACUAUCUGAUUGACACUGACUGACACUGACAGUGAUACUGGGUCAACUGUCUGGCACUGAUACCGUAGGUCAAUGACCUGGAUACUGCCUUUAACACUCCACAAGCUACUUGAGCGCUUGUAACCGGGGUCCUAUUUAUCAUCUUUCAUCUCUGCGAUGAGUACGCAGAUCUUGAUACUUGGCAGCGGAGGUAGAGAACACGCUCUAGCAUGGAAACUGUCGAAAUCAGUCCUCGUUAAACACAUAUUCGUAUGUCCCGGUAAUCCAGGAUCAGCUCAAAAUCAAAAAACUUCAAAUCUUGAUCUUCCUCUCAUUCAUCCUUACAAUGAUCUCGUCGAUUUCGCUGUCAAGAACAAGAUCGACCUAGUACUACCAGGUCCAGAGGAUCCUCUCGUUCUUGGCGUAGAAAAAUGCUUUCGCGACGUUGGCAUACCCGUAUUCGGUCCCACAAAGCUAGCAGCUAGAAUGGAAGGCUCCAAGGCCUUCUCCAAGGCCUUCAUGCACCGUCAUGCUAUACCCACUGCCAAAUUUAGAUCUUUUGCUUCUUCUCAACUUCAGGACGCCAUUGACUACAUUAAAUCAUGCGGUCAUCCUGUCGUUUUAAAAGCAAGUGGCCUCGCAGCCGGAAAGGGUGUCCUCAUACCCUCCUCUACUGAAGAGGCUCUCCAAGGCCUCCGAUCCAUCAUGGUAGACAAUGCCUUUGGAUCGGCAGGUGAUGAGGUGGUGAUCGAGGAACUUCUCCAAGGUCCCGAAAUCUCAGUUCUCGCCUUCUCAGACGGGUACACUAUUGUUCCCCUACCAGCCGCACAAGAUCACAAGCGUAUUGGCGAGGGGGACACCGGUCUUAACACUGGCGGCAUGGGCGCCUAUGCACCUGCCCCUGUCGCAACACCAGCUAUCAUGGAUCGUAUCAUGACAGAGUGUCUACGUCCCACCAUCGACGGGAUGCGCAAAGAAGGAUUCCCCUUCGUCGGCCUCCUUUUCACAGGCUUCAUGCUCACCGCCGACGGACCCAAGCUAUUGGAAUACAAUGUCCGUUUCGGGGACCCCGAAACCGAGGCCCUCAUGAUGCUCCUGAGCGACGAUGUCGAUCUCGCUGCAGUCCUUCUCGCGUGCGCUGAGCGCCACCUCGAUUCAGUCCAGAUCACCACCCGCCCAGGCUUCUCGGUCUCUGUUAUUUUAGUUUCGGGGGGAUACCCCGAGAGCUAUGCCAAGGGGGAGCCAAUUCAAGUGGGCGAUGUCCCAUCUGAUGUCAUGGUGUUCCAUUGCGGAACAUCGAUGAACGGAAAUGAUCUGGUCACAUCAGGUGGCCGUGUCAUGGCAGUAACAUGCUCUGCACCAACCCUAGAACAAGCUCUUGCGCAAGCUUACGCGGCUGUCGAUAAAAUUUCUUUUGAGGGCAAAUUCUACAGGCGAGACAUCGCACACAGAGCACUGACAUCAUCAAGUCAAGCUCCAUCAAAUGGCCUGACGUAUGCGCAGGCCGGAGUUUCCGUAGAUGCCGGAAACGCGCUCGUGGAAGCAAUCAAGCCAUACGUGCGCGCCACAAAGCGUUCAGGUGCUGAUGUGGAAAUAGGGGGCUUCGGAGGUAUCUUUGACCUCAAAGCAACCGGCUACAAAGAUCCCGUGCUGGUUAGCGGGACAGACGGCGUGGGUACGAAACUUCGUAUCGCUGUCGAUGCCGGUAUCCACCAUCUGGUCGGAAUCGACCUCGUUGCGAUGUCAGUCAACGACCUGCUUGUGCAGGGCGCUGAGCCGCUUUAUUUCCUCGACUAUUACGGAUGCAGCAAACUAGACGUGGCUACUGCCGCGGACGUCGUCAAGGGUAUUGCACAGGGCUGCCAACAAGCCGGUUGUGCCUUGAUCGGUGGAGAAACGGCAGAGAUGCCAGGGAUGUACCAAGACGGCGAUUACGACCUCGCAGGCUUCGCGGUCGGUGCAGUCGAGCGUAGUUCGAUCCUCCCUCGGUCGGAUAUCAUGCCAGGAGAUGUCCUCCUUGGAAUCGCUUCUUCUGGAAUACACUCGAAUGGGUUCUCACUCGUUCGAAAAGUCAUCUCGAUGACAGGCCUGUCCUACUCCUCGGCAUGUCCGUGGGACGAUCAAAAGACUCUCGCGCUCAGUCUUUUGGAGCCGACUAGGAUAUACGUCAAGCAGGUCCUCCCAGCUGUACAUCAGGGACUCCUAAAAGGCAUGUCUCACAUCACAGGGGGCGGUUUUAUCGAGAAUAUCCCGCGGGUCCUGCCAAAAGGAAUGGGAGCCUACGUCGAUGCUUCGACUUGGCAGCUCCCCCCUGUGUUCCGGUUCCUGAUGCAGCGUGGGGGGAUCGCGCCUUUGGAAAUGGCUCGUACGUUCAAUAAUGGUAUUGGGUUGGUGCUUAUCGUGGGGCGGGAGGAUGUGGAUAGGGCUGUGCAGGUCUUGCGGGAGACUGCUGACGCUGCUGUGUAUCGAAUUGGUGAGGUGACGGAUAAAAGUGGAGUUGAGAUGAGGAAUUUAGACCAUUGGAGUUCUCAAUAGCGGAGAGCUUGCGUAUGUGUAUUGCUGGAAAUGUACACGGAAUUGCUAGAGUUCUA